GCGGCUCCCUAUAAAAGAGGCCGGUGGAGCGACGCGCCCAGUUUUCAGCCGCUGGUGUCGGGGGGCUGCGGGAGGUUCUUGGCUGUUUGAGGGGCGAGCAGAAACCGGUCUCAACAGCAGCCAUGCGUGAAAUCGUGCACAUCCAAGCCGGCCAGUGCGGGAACCAAAUCGGAGCCAAGUUUUGGGAGGUCAUCAGCGAUGAGCACGGCAUUGACCCCACCGGCAGCUACCACGGAGACAGCGACCUUCAGCUAGAGAGGAUCAAUGUCUACUACAAUGAAGCAGCUGGUAACAAGUAUGUGCCCCGUGCAAUCCUCGUGGAUUUGGAACCCGGAACAAUGGACUCUGUCAGAUCUGGACCUUUCGGCCAGAUAUUUAGACCUGACAACUUUGUUUUCGGCCAGAGUGGUGCUGGGAACAACUGGGCCAAGGGCCACUACACAGAGGGAGCUGAGCUAGUAGACUCUGUGUUGGAUGUGGUAAGGAAGGAGUCUGAGAGCUGCGACUGCCUGCAAGGCUUCCAGCUGACCCAUUCCCUGGGUGGGGGCACUGGAUCCGGCAUGGGAACGCUUCUCAUCAGCAAGAUUAGGGAGGAGUACCCAGAUCGCAUCAUGAACACAUUCAGUGUCAUGCCAUCUCCCAAGGUUUCAGACACAGUGGUUGAGCCGUACAAUGCCACCCUUUCAGUCCAUCAGCUGGUGGAGAACACAGAUGAAACCUACAGUAUUGACAACGAGGCCUUGUAUGACAUCUGCUUCCGCACCCUGAAACUGACAACUCCUACCUACGGGGAUCUCAACCAUUUGGUCUCUGCCACCAUGAGUGGGGUGACCACAUGCCUCCGGUUUCCUGGCCAAUUGAAUGCUGACCUUCGCAAACUGGCGGUCAACAUGGUCCCUUUCCCUCGCCUACACUUCUUCAUGCCCGGCUUUGCUCCCCUCACUAGCCGUGGCAGCCAGCAAUACCGUGCCCUGACGGUGCCAGAGCUCACCCAGCAGAUGUUUGAUUCCAAAAACAUGAUGGCAGCCUGCGACCCACGCCACGGCCGCUAUCUUACGGUGGCCGCCAUUUUCCGGGGCAGGAUGUCCAUGAAGGAAGUGGAUGAGCAGAUGCUCAACGUCCAGAACAAAAACAGCAGCUACUUUGUGGAAUGGAUCCCCAACAACGUGAAGACGGCCGUCUGUGACAUUCCACCGCGGGGCCUCAAAAUGUCCGCCACAUUCAUUGGCAACAGCACCGCCAUCCAGGAGCUGUUCAAGAGAAUCUCAGAGCAGUUCACAGCCAUGUUCAGGCGCAAGGCCUUCUUGCACUGGUACACCGGCGAGGGCAUGGAUGAGAUGGAGUUCACGGAGGCCGAGAGCAAUAUGAAUGACCUGGUCUCCGAAUACCAGCAAUAUCAAGAUGCCACAGCUGAUGAGCAAGGUGAAUUUGAAGAGGAAGGAGAAGAGGAUGAGGCUUAGGACUGAGUAGUUUCAAUGCAAUUGGGCAAGCGUCUAGAAAGGUUUUGAUCAGUUACAGGAAUGCAUGCUUCAGUUCUUGGUGCUUUUCUUUUUCCCGUUGCCUCUGUCUACAGUUUUGUGACCUCUCAUCUGUUUUUAAAUCGUUGUAAAUAUUGGCUAAUUGGUUUAAGGUGGAUUCCCUACAGUUAAAUAAAACAAAGCUGUUUUCCACCAGGAUACUAGGGUUGUAACCUGCAUAUUUAUUGGGUUAAAAUACUCUACCAGCUGUUUAAACCACCUGUAAAGAAGAUUAAUUGUUUUGGCCCCAAUACAAAGGCAAAACUGGACUUAUUUAUUUGGUUGCUCCCUGGUAGGUUUGACAACUCCCUCUUAAUAUAAAAUAAUUUUGCAAGUCUGAGGAAAAGAUAAUGGAUCUCUACAUAAAUUACCCCUUCUAUUUUCCUUGUGUUUUCACAAAGCACAGUGUAGAAAUGUUUAUAUUUGCAACCUAAUUUAUGUGUUUAGAUGUUUUAAAUUGCAAACACUAAAGACAAAGGCAGUUGCUUUGGAUUGCUCAGAUGAUGCAAGUAUAUCAAUUUCACUUGCCUCAUUAAGAAUUUUUUUUCCCUGUACAUCUUCUGUCAGGAGCAGUUCAUCAAAGGUGAUCUCAUAAAACAAACCCAACCCUUCAAAUGAUUAAAAAAAAAAGUGGUUGCUAUCCAGCUGUACAGUUACGGGUGUGUUUUCUUUUAGUCCAAUGGUGUUUAUAUUUCUGGAAGUUUUCAACAAUAUCUAAGUGGUCUUGUGUUCAAAAUCGUGUCUGAAUUCUCUUUAGUAGUGGUCCUCCAUAUGAAAAGUGGGACCUAGCCUUGCGAAAAGGAAGGGAAGUUGCAAAAUAGCAGAAGACCUGGGGAGGGGGGGGGGCAAUAUUCAUAGACCAGGCAAGGGUUCUGAUGGCCAUGACGAAGCAUGCUAUCUGUGGCUGUGUUUCUGUUGGCAUUUUCUGUGCACUGUGCAGUUGUUUUCCCCCGAGGAUCUCUGUAACUGCCAUAAUCCAGUUUAUUCAGAUGACCUUUGUGUGACGUUAAUGUUGGACUCUAUAUAAAGGCAUGUGUUCUGAAUAA